AUGCUGCUUGCCCUUGCUCCUUCCCGGCUGGUUAUUCCGGCCUCAAUCCGCAGCUUUUGCUCGAGUGUCCGCGUCACUCCGCCUCUUUCCCCUCGCGCGCGUGUGUCGAGACUCCCGACGCAGCUCGUGGAUCUCAACGAGGCGCAGACGCCCACAACGAAGGAACCGAGAGGCCACAGACACGGCAGCGCCAACGGCGAGGCGGGGGCAGCAGCUCGCGAACGCAAGCGGGACCGAGCCAUGCAAGCGCUUCAGGACGCGCAACAGCGCUUCAACGACCUUGUCAACAAUGACUGGCCCGAGCGGGUGCCCGUGGAGGCCAUGCCCGACUACGAUCCUCGCUACAUGAAAGAGGGUUUCCUACAGAAGAAAGGCCAGCGACUCAAAGGCUGGAAACGCCGCUGGUUUGUAUGCGACGGCCGCACCCUGUCUUACUACAUCUCAAGGAAAGAUCGCAAACCCAACGCUGUGAUCCCCUUGGAAGGCUGUACCGUACAGGACGGUGGACUGAGCGAGACGUGGAACUCGCCCCGUAUCUACCUGACCGAUCCAGCUACUGGCAUCAUGUACUGCCUGUCGGCAGAGGAAGGCAUUGUCGUAACCCAGUGGUUGGAUGUGCUUCGCGUGGCUGUAGCUCGUGUCAACAACGGCACAAGUGAGUCCAAUGCACAGGCAUCGUCGCAGAAUAACAGCAGAAAGCAGCACAGACUCCAGACCGCGCCAUCGUCCUCUGACGAUGAGGACAGUCGCGCUCAUCUCAAGCGCGCGGCGUCGCUGGGUCCUUCACAGGCUCGCGCAGUUACACUCAAAUCGGCGUCGUCAGUGGGAACUUCGAACGCUUCGGCUACUAAUGGAGAUAACAAGCGUACGACGAGACUGACGUCGGCUCCGUCCUCAGUCAGCAACGCCGCCAGCACUCCAGCGCCGCCUUCGCACCAGCAUCACCAGCACCGCCCUCAUCGUACCAAGACGCAACGUCUACCCACGACGAUUUCACUGGAGAACGAGCUCUCUCAUGGCCUGGACGUGCUGGAAGCGCUGCUUGGGCACAACUCAACUGGCUCCUCGAUCCGUAACCACGUGGCAUUCCGUCCGCUUGGCGCAGUGAAUGGAGUUCUACGCAGCAUUGGAACAGACUCCACUUCUGGAAAACAGUAUGCGCGUGCUAGCGUGGUGCUGCCUGUGUCGUCAGAAGUUGCAGCCAUUCUACUGGCCGACCACGCGCGUCGAGCCGAGUGGGACGUGCACUUCCCACACUCGGCCCAUGUAGCCACUUUCGACGACGCGACGGACCUUGUGCAUUUGUCGAGUGGCAGCUUUGCUCAGAUCCAACAGACCAAGCCUUUCGUGGCGCCGCAUGUGGCUGCUACCGCCUGUGCCUUGUGUGCUGCUCUCUUCUCGGGUGCUUCUACGUGGGAGGCGCUUCUCACGGCGAUGGUGUACGCAGCAGCCGUUGGAGGCAUUGUGAGUAGUAUCGACUACAGUACGUUGACGACACCACGUGACCUGGUACUUCUUCGUCAUGUGCGCGAGUCUGCUGCGCCUGAUUCGCAGGAUUCGAGUGACGAUAAGUCGGAGGACGAGAUGGGGAAAUCUGUGGUGCUUAUCCUGGAGAAGUCGGUAGUUAACGAGCUUAAACCGAUUAGCUCGGGCUCUGUGCGUGCACACGUUGGCCUGAGCGGCUGGCUGCUAGAGCCUGUGGACUCAGGCCAUGCUACACUGGCCACUUACAUUACUGAUUUGGAUGUGAAGGGAUGGCUGUCACCCGCCACGCGUCAGAGCUUCCUGCUCUCUCGUUUGGACUGUGUAUCUGUCCUCAGUGAGUACGUGAACCAAGCGCAACUAUGUGGAUCAGAGCUCGGAUUCGGUGGCGGUCUGGACGAUGAUGGGGAAGGAGAGUACGAGACUCGCAGCGUCGGAUACGAAGACGCCAGUGAAGCCAGUGGUCUUGGAGGAUUUGCUGACGGAGAGUUAUCCACGAUCUUCCACCCGAAGACUUACAUGCGUGGCAUGAUGCCUCUGCCUAGCGGUGGUCUGAAGCUGAUCGACAAGGAGAUUGCCAAGAAACAAGGUGGCGUAGUGAAGGAUGUGAUCAAGUCUGCAGGAGCCAAGAUCUUAGAGGGCAAGUCGGCUGUGAGUCUGUCGCUUCCUGUGCGUAUUUUCGAACCUCGAACCAAUCUGGAGCGUGUGUGCGACUUGAUGCUGUACGCACCGACGUUCCUGAACACUGCGUACGCGCAGAAUGAUGCGCUGGAACGCUUUAAGUACGUCAUUUCAUUCGCCGUGGCCGGUCUGCACCACAGUAUCGGACAGCUGAAGCCAUUUAACCCCAUCUUGGGUGAAACGUUCCAGUCGACACUGAACGAUGGAACGGACGUGAGUUGCGAGCACACAAGCCACCACCCGCCAAUCAGUAACUUCCAGUUUACCGGUGAGAAGUAUUCUAUCGCCGGUUUCGUGCUCUGGCAUGCCAGUAUGAGCGUGAAAUCCAACGCCAUGCUUAACACAAACAAGGGACCAGUGCGCGUCACGUUCCCUGACACUGAGGGUCUUCCCGGAACUACGAUCGAGUACAAUUUACCUUACCUGCAGAUCGGUGGGCUAUUGUGGGGAGACCGUACGGUUGACAUUAUGGGCAACAUGGUGUUCAAAGACAAGAAGAACCGUCUGCAGUGUGAGUUGCGCCUCAAUCCCGAUGCAAAGUCUGGUAUGGGCGGAAUGUUUUCGAGCUCCAAGACGCCGACAGACUCGCUGCGUGGUGUCAUCCUGGACACUUCGGCGUCUCCUCCACGUGAGAUCUGUGACGUCUCGGGUUCCUGGCUGCAUGACCUCGUCUUUGGCAACAAGACGUACUGGAGUAUCAACAGCUUCCAGAGUGGCUACAUGGUGCCAUACCCUGAGGACAGGAUUCUAGCGUCCGACUCAAGAUACCGCGAGGAUCUGCAUUACCUGGCAGCAGGCGACUUGGACGAAUCGCAGGAGUGGAAGGUGAAGCUUGAGGUGUUGCAGCGUGCCGACCGCAAGGCGCGUCUGGACGGUCGACGUCCCAACCACUGGUCGUUCCGCAGUGCGGCUGGAGGACAUUGA